CCUCUGACGUCCGGAGUUAUCAUUUUCAUCCAUCUCACGGCUGUGAUUAUUCAAUCAUGCGCUUGUGUGUGGGGAGGGGGAGAAAUCAUUUUGUGCAUUCGAGAUAUCAGAUUGUUAAUCUUACCGCUGAUGUGUGGUACUAUUGGUUCGCCAUGGUAAGGUGUUUUUGUUAAUGUGGUGUUUUGAGGACACAAAAUAACUAAUGCGUCUGGAGGGGAGCUUUGGUCUUUCUGGCCAAUGGCAGAGUGCCGCGUCUGGGGAAUAUUUUGUCGGGUAGAUAUUACAUGGGUACGAGCGUUUCAGACAGUAGAUUUGCUAAAUCUUAAAAGUUGAGGUGGCCUGGGCUAUAGGCGAAGUGAGAAGUGAAGGAGCAAAGGUAGCAGAGAAGGAGCGAGGGACUAAGUAGUGUUCCGAGGAAUCAAGGAAUCUAUCCAUCUCAUGGUGGGAUGAAAAGAAGAGGAUGGUGAAAUUUUCUCUGGGGUUCUCUUAGAUUUUCCUCUUCUGCCGAGAAAACUAAGCUAAAGGAGCUAAGCCUCUAGAAAGUGGUACGAAAUUGGACAUGAGUAUGCUGGUGGGGAUAUGCUUGAGCCAAGAGAAACUGAUCUUCCUGCCUUGCUGCUGGUCUUGGUUGUGUUCCCCCUGGUUAUUUAUAUUUUACUAGGAAAAUGGAGCGAGACCUCAGAAAAGAAAGAGAGGAUAAGUUUGCUUGCUCAAUUGGCUGCUGAAGAAGCUUUUAUGGCCGAAUCAGUGGCUGCUGCUAGUGUCAUCCCUCUUGUACCUGCUCCCAAGAAAGGAAUUCGUGAGUGUGCCAGAUGCUCUGCCCCAGCAACCACACGAUGCUCACAGUGCAAAUCUGUUCGCUACUGUUCUGGGAAGUGUCAGAUAAUUCACUGGAGGCAAGUUCACAAGCAUGAGUGCCAGCGUCUAGAAACCAACAGUGGUGGUUCAUCUCCCAUGUCUACCUCCAAUGAAGAUGCUGUUUAUGCUAAAUUAUCACCAAAUGGCAGGAUGAGCCCACAAGUCCUAGGAUACAAUAUCAAGCAUCUUGAGGAUGAGAAAUCUUCAGCGGAUGAUAGGAUUCAACAUUCUACAGGCACUGCUGCAUCUUCUACCACUACUUGUACCUCAAUUGAUGCCCAUGGAGCCUCCAUGAUGGAGGGAAGAUCUAUGGACAGACAGGUUUCUCGUAACUCUAAGUUAAGAAGAGAGGAUGAAGCCCAAUUAAAUGUUACUGAAGAAGCAUCCAGGAGUAGGGUUCCCGCUUCCACCUUAUCUAGUAAAGAAGCUAAGAUAAGACAUAAGUUUAAAAGUUUUGACUCUGUGCCCUUUGAAGAAGUGAUUCCCAGGAAGCAAAAUGUGAAUGACUCUGGUGGCUUUUAUAAUGGACAUGUUGCAAGAAGUACAAUGCAUGAAAGUUGUGAUUUACAAAGUGAGCAUGAAAACAUAUUUGAUUCAAGAACUAGUUUUGGUGUCUCAGACUUUGUAAGUUCUAAAAGGCCUUUGACAAAUGUGUGUGACAUUGAACCUGACCUGAUAUCAGGUAGAGAAUGCUUUCCCAGUGAGGGAAUCACAUUAAAGGAUGAAACGGUUGAGUCAAACUGCACUUCUGAAAUGAGCUCAAUAAAAAGAAGCAUUGAGGCUAAAAGUGCAUCACAUUCUCCUGGAACUAAAAUGCAUAAAUCACAGAAAUCAGUGAUGAAGGCAUCCAGAGACAAGUUGUGUUCAGAAAUGGAAAGGAAGGGACAAAUUGCAGAUGAGCCCAAAAGCGAUUCUAUUCCUGUCCAAGGAGGCAAUGGGGUUGCAAGCAUGGGAAUCAUGAAGAUGAUUGGUCUACGGAAGUCAUCAAAGCUUGGUAAGAGCGAAACCACAGAAGUUGGUGAACGUCAAAAGAAAUUAAAGAUGUUAUUCCCUUAUGAAGAAUUUGUGAAGUUAUUUCGGUAUGAAGUAUUUGACUUGUCACCAAGAGGCCUAAUAAAUUGUGGCAACAGUUGUUAUGCUAAUGCUGUGUUGCAGUGCCUGACCUUCACAAAGCCUUUGACAAUUUAUUUGCUUCGGGGAUCACAUUCUAGAGCCUGUCGCAUGAAAGAGUGGUGUCUUAUGUGUGAACUAGAGCAACAUGUUAUGAUGUUAAGAGAGAGUGGGGGCCCUUUAUCUCCUGGCAGAAUUCUCUCACAUAUGCGAAGUCUUAAUCGCCAGAUUGGUGAUGGAAGUCAGGAAGAUGCACAUGAAUUUUUAAGGCUUCUGGUUACCUCAAUGCAAUCUAUAUGUUUGGAGGGCUUAGGUGGAGAAAAUGUUGUUGAUCCCCGACUGCAGGAAACAACCUUUAUACAACACACUUUCAGGGGUCGCCUUAAAUCGAAGGUCAAAUGUUUGAGAUGUCAUCAUGAAUCAGAACGAUAUGAAAACAUUAUGGAUCUUACGUUGGAAAUAUUUGGUUGGGUGGAGUCAUUGGAAGAUGCACUCACUCAGUUUACAACCCCUGAAGAUUUGGAUGGAGAAAACAUGUACAGAUGUGGAAGAUGUGCUGCAUAUGUGAGAGCUCGGAAGCAGUUGAGCAUACAUGAGGCACCAAAUAUCUUGACAAUUGUUUUGAAGAGAUUUCAGGAGGGCAGUUAUGGCAAGAUAAAUAAGAGUAUCACUUUUCCCGACAUGCUAGAUAUGGUCCCAUUUAUGACUGGGACUGAUGAUAUUCCCCCAUUGUACUUGCUUUAUGCUGUUGUUGUACAUUUGGAUACACUGAAUGCAUCUUUUUCUGGGCAUUACGUCUCAUAUGUGAAAGAUCUGCAAGACAAUUGGCUCAGAAUAGACGACACUGAGGUUCUGCCGGUUCCAAUUAGCCAAGUGAUGUCAGAAGGAGCUUAUAUCCUGUUUUACAUGAGGUCAUCCCCUCGCCCUGCUAGAUCAUGUUCUGGAAAACAAAGCUGGCUUCAAACCUCUGGGUAUGUAAGGCACUGCACAUCCAAAAGUCAGAAGCCUUCGAGACCUGGGCAAAGCAAAUCCAGCAGCCAAUUUGUUGGCUCAGAGCCUUUGUUGGAUCUUAGAAGGGUGAAUAGACAUAGACCACCAAGCAUGGAGUUUUCAGACGCGACCUCGAGCGACUGGUCCAUUUUUACAAGUUCUGAUGAAGCAUCCUUCACCACUGAGAGUACCCGAGACUCUUUCAGCACCGUAGAUUAUGCUGAUGCCUGCAACACCGAUCCAGUCUCCUCAAUCUUUGACACCGUAUAUGUGCCAGAAUACUCAUCUCAUAGAACCAUCUCCUGUCGAAUGUUUUCAAGCAGUAAGCCGCAGACCAGAUUCGCUCUGGAGGGGAAGGGCAUGGUGUUGGACUCCUACCUCUCGGCGCAACCUCUUGACAGGGUCCAGAGGGGAGAGUAUCUCAAAGAGGUAACUCCUACGACUGAAACUUUCCUGUCAGAUGUUAACUAUGGCUUUGGAGGUCACCUGAAAGACGAUACUAACCGAACUUUCAGCCCCUGUGUACUAUAAUCUUCGGGGGUUAGGUGGUAGGUAGAUGGGGACAAUCCAUGCCUCCUCUUAGUUCUAGUUUUCAAUGCUCUGUUGAAUGGAGGAGGCAGGCACAUUAAUCAACAUUUCAAACUGAAGGAGAAUGAAUUUUCUUGUUCAGUUGGGUGCCAUUUUACAUUGGACAACUUAUAAAAACCUUGUCAAUAUUAAAAAUUCAUCCAAGUGUCAAUUUUAUUUGAAAAUAUUCUAGCAGUA